CGUACAGACAAAAAUAAGAUAUAAUCUGAUAAAUUAGAACAUGGCAUUGCGAGGAUUGAGUACGGUGGCGGUGACUGCGUCAGUAUACCUCCCAGGUCCACGAUGCAGAGUUCACAACAGUACACCAAGGUUAUGUUGUGGUGCUCGGUUUCCUUCUUCCGGCCGCAGAUUCUCUGCACGGUGUGAAGCUGUUGGAGAAAAGCAACAAGGUUCCGUGGACGAAACCAUCGUAUAUGACGGUAUAUAUGGCCCGUGGACGAUCGACGACUCCGAUGUUCGAGAGGUAAUUUUGUACAGAUCGGGAUUGGUAACAACUGCUACAUCGUUUGUGGUCGCUGCUUCUGCUGCCUUUUUACCAGAUAACUCCUCCUUAAGUACCACUCUGAAGCAGAAUCUUGAUCUAUUUUAUGUCCUUGGAUCUAGUGGGUUGGGUUUAUCGUUACUCCUGAUUCAUAUCUAUGUUUCUGAGAUCAAGCGCUUCUUACAAGCACUGUGGGUGCUCGGUGUUCUUGGAUCUGCUACAGCCUACUUCACCCUUGCUCAACCAGCUAAUAAAAAUUUAAUACUCUAUGUCGUCGACAACCCAUCCGCUAUCUGGUUUGUCGGUCCUCUUUUUGCUGCCCUUACAGGACUUGUCUUCAAGGAAGGACUCUGCUAUGGCAAGCUAGAAGCUGGACUUCUUACAUUUGUUAUUCCUACAGUUCUUCUGGGGCAUUUGACUGGUUUGAUGGAUGACGGAGUCAAGCUUACUUUACUUGCUUCGUGGAUGACUCUUUUCGUGAUAUUUGCUGCAAGGAAAUUCACCCAACCCAUCAAGGAUGACAUCGGGGACAAGUCCGUUUUCAAUUUCAAUUCCCUCCCUGAUGACGAAAGGAAAACCUUGCUCGAGAAAUUAGAACAGCAAAGAACUCAAAAUUAAAUGCAACGGCUCCAAUUCACCUUGAGAUGGAUUGCUUUAAAUGAAUGUGGGAAAAUCUUUUCGAAGACAAUGACACGCCAAGCUCUCUCAUGACGGCCACAAAUUAUCUCAUUUAAAAGGAAGGAAAUAGUUCCAUCCCCUCCCCCAGAUCAGCAAAAACAAAAUCACUUUCCCUUAUGUCUUCUUCCUUUAUCUUUGCAAAAGUUACAUGGUAUUUUGCCUAAUAUAUCAAGGGUAAUUGGGCUCUUCAAAUGAUAAUGCAUCAUUCUUCCUUGGCA